CUUGAUUCCAGGGCGCCCCUGACCUUUGAGCCGGCUCGGGUUCCGGCUCUGGCGCGUGCACACUCGCCUCGCCGUUCGGGACCAGCCAGAUCGCGGCGGCCUCGCGGGCGGUCUGGUCGGUGAGGUCGGGGCCGCGCGCUGCAAUGCUGAGGCUGCUGGCGUCCGGCUGCGCCCGGGGCUCGGGGCCCGGCGUGGGCGCGCGUCCUGCCGCAGGGCUCUGCCACCCGGGGCGCCGCCAGAGCCGCCAGGCUUCCGACGCGCCCCGGAACCAGCCCCCCAGCCCCGAGUUCGUGGCCCGGCCUGUGGGCGUCUGCUCCAUGAUGCGCCUGCCGGUGCAGACCUCCCCCGAGGGGCUGGACGCUGCCUUCAUCGGAGUGCCCCUGGAUACUGGGACUUCCAACCGGCCUGGGGCAAGAUUCGGACCUCGCCGCAUCCGGGAAGAAUCAGUGAUGCUUCGGACAGUCAAUCCUAGCACGGGGGCCCUCCCCUUCCAGUCCCUCAUGGUUGCAGACCUAGGCGAUGUGAAUGUCAAUCUUUACAACCUUCAGGACAGCUGCCGGCGAAUUCAAGAGGCCUAUGAGAAAAUUGUAGCAGCUGGCUGUAUUCCUCUGACCUUGGGUGGAGAUCACACAAUCACAUAUCCCAUAUUGCAAGCGAUGGCAAAAAAGCAUGGCCCAGUGGGGCUGCUGCAUGUGGAUGCGCACACGGACACGGCCGACAAGGCCCUAGGAGAGAAGCUCUACCACGGGGCGCCCUUCCGUCGGUGUGUGGAUGAGGGUCUCCUGGACUGUAAGUGUGUGGUGCAGAUUGGCAUCCGGGGCUCCUCCACGACCUUGGAUCCCUACAGAUACAACCGGAGCCAGGGCUUCCGGGUAGUCCUGGCUGAAGACUGCUGGAUGAAGUCGCUGGUUCCUCUGAUGGGGGAAGUCAGGCAGCAGAUGGGAGGCAAACCCAUUUAUAUCAGCUUUGAUAUUGACGCUCUGGAUCCCGCCUAUGCGCCAGGGACAGGGACACCUGAAAUUGCUGGUCUUACUCCUAGUCAGGCUCUGGAGAUCAUCAGGGGUUGUCAAGGCCUGAACGUGGUGGGCUGUGAUCUUGUCGAAGUUUCACCACCGUAUGAUCUUUCUGGGAACACAGCCCUGCUGGCGGCUAACCUGCUGUUUGAGAUGCUGUGUGCUCUCCCCAAAGUGACAACCGUCUGAGUCUUGUGCUCUUCAAGACAAAACAGAUUGCGUCGCUGACAAGUUCUCAAGAAGAACUUAUGAGUAAGCAGUCUGAGAACUAAAGAGUUUAUGCCAAGAAAACUUUCUGCUGAAAGUGUCAUUGCUGGCUGUGAAGUUGGGAUAGUCAGAAUUCUCACCCAAACAGCAACAUUUCUAAGGAACUUGGAUUAAUUGGAAAAAAAAAAAAAAGGAGUACUUGUACUGCUUUGAUUUUUUUUCCUUUGAUGAAAGAUGGAGGAUAAAGGGGAAGUGAGGAGAAUUUCUUUCAAGAUUAUCUAAACAUUAGAAACAUGACAUUUAAAAAAACUAUGAAAUAA